GUUGGACAGCAGCCUUACUGACUUAAUGCCGAUGUGAAUGCUAUUCUGGCCAUCAAGGCUGCGGACUCACGAUGUCACAUGUUCAGGACCUUCAGGUACAGGAUUCGUGAACAAGAUACUGUUCCAGUAGCGGCGUGCCUCGUCUCGUCUGACAUAAAACAAAAAUAUGUAUCCCCCACUUGCUACACUUCACGCCCAAGAUGCAAGUCGCAAAUCCAAUUGUCGCCACUAUACUUCACCUCCUCCGCGCCGCGGCAACGCUUUGCAUGGGGAUUGUUUUCCUGCACCUCGCUCAUAGAGAGCCCGAAAUUAAGUACUAUGCAUUCUAUGCUGGAGCACACGCAAUCGUGAUGGGCGCUCUCGGGCUGCUCGUCUCAAGAAGCACCUAUCGAAAAGCUCUUGCGAAGAAAAAUAUGAAUGAGGCAACGAAACCCCAGUCGAGCGCAGAAACUGCGCACGAAACCACUGGGACGGAGGGCAUUUGGGAAGAUGCGAAGCCUCGAGGAGUUUCUGAGAAUAUAGAUUUGUUAGUCUGAUUGAUACGCUGAGCCUGUGCAGGUACCAAGUAGGUAUCCCAUAUAUUGCAGUACAAGACUCAAUCUUCCUAGAAGAUGUCCUGCCACUUGUCGCCUCGACGUUUUUUUUGCGUUGUAUAAUCAAAUAUCG